CGAGCGUGUGGGUGCGUCCCCUUUAAGGCGGUUUGGGUGUCGGCUCAAAGAGGAACCGAAGAGUCCAAACAUCUGAAGUUUCACGGUACCGACAGGUCGGCGGGCCCGAGGCUCCGGAUGCGGCCGUCAUGGUGAAGGAUGUUUCGGAAAGUCAAGAAGCGGCACAGCAGCAGCAGCUCGCAGAGCAGCGAGAUCAGCACCAAGAGCAAGUCGGUCGACUCCAGCGUGGGCGGCCUGUCCCGGUCCAGCACCGUCGCCAGCCUUGACACCGACUCCAACAAGAGCUCAGGAAACGCCGCGUCCGACACGUGCGCCGAGUUCCGGGUUAAAUACGUCGGGUCCAUCAAGAACCUGCAGUUUGAGAUGAGCAGGACCCUCCAGGAACCUCUGGACCUCAUCAGUUACAUUGAUGCUGCUCAGCAAGACGGAAAACUGCCGUUUGUUCCCGGCGAUGAGGAGAUGGUCCUGGGCGUGUCCAAGUACGGCGUCAAAGUGGCCUCAGUGGACCAAUGCGACGUGCUGCACCGGCACCCUCUCUACUUGAUCGUGCGCAUGCUGUGCUACGACGACGGCCUGGGAGCCGGGAAGAACCUGCUGGCCCUGAAAACCACCGACACGCAGCAGGAGGAGUGCAGCAUCUGGGUGUACCAGUGCAGCAGCUCGGAGCAAGCUCAGUCCAUCUGCAAGGUGCUGUCCGCCUCCUUCGACUGCGCUCUGUCGUCCAACAAACCCUGAAACCUCGUUUACAGACGCUGCGUCGCCUCGGCGUGAGGCUGCCGGCUCCACAUCAGUCACCCACAGCGGACCAGAACAUCUCAUGUUUGUGCCUUUCAGUGUUUUUACAUAUUUUAACCAAUAGGUGGUCUGCGGUACCGGCGGCUUCCAGCAGGGGGCGGAGCUACUCAUUUUAUUUUAUUUUAUUUUAACCACCAAAAGGAGGGCAAACAGUGAUUAAAUCCAUAUUUCUUAGAGAUUAAGAUGCUAAGUGGUACAAAAUGGUCCGGCCCGCCUGUACGUCUUCAUGUCGGCAGGUUUUACUUCCUGGGAGACUUUAAUCGGCUCCUAGACGCGGUACUUUAGACGGACGCUUGUCUUUGUCAGGAGCUCAUGACAGUAUUGGUACAAUAAGUCACUUUUUCACAGUCUGUUAAAAAACCUCUUAUUUUGUACGUUUAAAAAAAUAAUCCAGCUUUGAUGUAAUUAUCUGGUUAAGCCUUUGGUACCAAAUCCUUGUUUUUUUUAUGUUUUAUUGCAGUGAUAUGUUUAAGUCUUUGCUUUUAUGUGCAUGUGGAGCAUGCUGGCUGGACUCUUGUUUACAGUUCUGGACUCGAUGUACGAGAAACCCGAGUUUGUCUGAUCUACUUUGGUUCUGUUCAAAAUGUGAGGAAAAUAAUAAAUCAUUUGAUGUGAUGCCUUA